CGACUCUGUUGUUUGCACCCCUCCCCCGGCAAACCAAAUUCUCCUUUGCCCGUGGCCCGCAUCAAGUCACCAUGCAGAACUUCAACCUCUCAAACAACGACGAGGCCUGCAAAGACGGCCUCGAGAUCCUCCUCAAACCCAAAUACUACGGUGUGCUGUGACACUUUGCGAUGAUCACUGCAAUUGCUGCGAUCGUGUGUGUUAUGCUAUGCGUCGUGUGUGUGCGUUGAUUGCAUGGUGCAGGUGUGAUAGAGCCGUGGACGCUCACGGCCACGGAGAAGGAGAAGGUCGACAUCGCAAAGCUGGCGCGCAUCGUCGAGUGCGAGCCGGACCCUUCGACCACCAUCCUGCCGCGCACGCAGGUCGCGGCCGACAUAUCGAGAUACGACGCCAAGGAGGCCGUGAGGGCCACCCUGCACCAAUGGCAGCCACACAGGAGUGGCGCCAGGUCAGUGCAGUCCAGGCAUACAGACGUUCAUAGAGACAAGGGCCGUUUGUGUGUGUGUGUGUGUGUGUGUGCAGUUUGCGUGGCAAGGAUGAGAUUGGGGAGUGGCACAAGGCCAUGCGGCCGCCCGCGAUGGUGUCGGCCCGACACGCGCCUUUCAACAUGUGCGUAUGCGUGACGACAGACCCACAAACAGGCAUCCAUCUGAGAAUGUCUGGCAUUGCCUGAGUGUGUCUGCAGGUCUUCGGAGCAGCAGGACGCCGUGCUUGCCAAUGUACGUAGAUACACAGUUCAUGUGACUCAGAGAGAUACGUGCUCAAUGCCGUAAUCGGCGUGUGUGUGUGACCCUGUCAGCCGAAAGGUCUGUUCCGCCCGCUCAAGGACACGGGCAAAGCCAUGGACCAGCAGCAGCCGGUGAGGGCAUAGCAUAAACAAACACUCUUUCUCUGGUGCGUACACAUCUUCACGACGCAGGAUUUGCACGAUCGCACACUGUCGGCGUUCGCAAGGCGCAACAUCAAGUCGCUGCAGCCGCCCAGAGGUGAGUCGGUGGCCGUGUGGGGCCAGCCUGUGAACGGGCAUGUGUGUGUGUGUGCCCAUUCAUUAAGGUAACCGUUUCCGGACCCAGCAGCAGGUGGAUGACUACUUCCGGCUCAACUAUGAGCGCCUCAGCACGGUGUGUACACCCCCACCUCUAGAGAGAGACACGGGGGGCACUGCACUGCACUGCACUGGAUGUGUCCCUCUGCGUCGCGUGCUGCAGCAAGGCUGCGCGAGAGUUCUGAUCCCUCGGGCUGUCAGGAGGUCGGUGGGUGCGUUGUGUCUCUCUGAUGCGUCAAUGGCAUACAUAUGCCUGGCCUGCUCAUGUCCAUCUAGGUUGGAGAGUUGGCAGAUUCUGAGGGCCAGCGAGGCGGAGAAGGCCAACGUCGUCAAGCUGCUCAAGAGGUGACGGGAGACGCACACAACACACCCACACUCAUAUGUGUAUGGGUGGUGGAUCUCUGCAGUUUGGAGCACGCUGUGUCUGCACUGCCCGACUAUAAGAUCAUGUCGGGCGCCCUCGAGGGCAUCGACCCGUGGAACCGACUCUUCGAAGACCACCGCGUCCACAAGUAAGUGUGCCCGUGUGUGUCUGUCUGUCUACUCAGCACAUGUCUCUGCUGCAUAUGCGUAGGUAUCACAAGGACCUGCUCAACAUCCGGCUGUACGGUGGCCCCGGCGGCCCUUUCCCCAUGCAGCAGCCCACACAAAACGAGCGGCCAUGGACGGUUGGCUUGCCUCGCACAGACACCAACCAACACACACAGAAUUAUAUACGAGUGUCGUGUGUAUGUGUGUGUAUGUCGUUGCAGGCGCCCGGCGGUCAGCAUUCGAUCGGCGAUGUGUAUAACGCCAUGCAGUGGACACUGUCGCGGAACCGCCCCAAGCCGCCGCCCAUGAUCACCGCUGCAGAGAUGGCGGAGGCUGCCGACCGGUCAGAACCAGACGUAUGAAUGCACACGUGUGCGUGUGCGUGUGCGUCGUGUGUGUGCAGAGUGCGUCAGCGUGCGGAGCGUGCGCGGAAGCAUCUGGCGGGAGGUCUGUGUUUCCCCUGGGUGGCCAAGGAGAAGAAAUCCCAGUACCAGCGGUCGUAUGUGCCGCUGCCCCACGACCAGGACGUCAUCUAUCGCCGCCAGCCGGCCGAACGCACACACGAGGCCAUCGCUGUCGGCGGCCUCGAGGCAACUGCAAUGAGUGCAGGUACUGCCCCUGGCCGUGUUUGGGCCCGUGCAGUGCAGUGCAUGCAAUGGUUGGAGCGUACACGCUUGUGUCUGGCUGUUUGUAUGUGUAGGUGCUGGUGGUGUGUAUGAGGACACGGCGACGAUGCUCAAGGCCUGUGUGUCGCCGCUGAUCACCAGCGAGCGGCUCCCCGAGAAAUGAACGAACAUACACAAUUGAGGACAGGGGAUGGAUGGAUGGAUGGAAGGAGACACGAUUGAACGAUUCAGCUGCCGCCAUGUGCGUGUAUGUUAUGAAGAAAAUGCAUAAAGGC